UUUAAAAUGAAAGUAGAAAUCUUGUCUAUUUUUAACCAUGGGAUUUUUGGUCAACACGGAAGCAAAAAGCUUUUUUAAAGAAGAAGAGAUAUUAUAUUUAUAAAUCGAAAAUGAUAUAAACAGACUUUACGUCAUAUACCAUAUAUCACACGAUUAUACCGUCACUUCAGCAAAGUAAUGGCAUACCUGAAACGUGAAGCAGGUGGGCCUCCGCCUACCCCUAUGUCAUUCUCUCAGUUCAUCAAAGAGACAACUGAAAGAAUCCUGGGUAGUGAGAAAUGUUUGACACUAUCUGAACUGACGAUGGCUAUCAAAAACGACCCCCAUUGUAGGUAUCUCCAGCUAAAACCGCUCACACUUCAGAAGAUACUACAGGGCUACUCGGAAUCCUUCAGUCUUAAAGGGUCACAAGAGGACCCGGAUGUUUCACUUCACCUCAACAUCGACGUCUGUGACAAUGUGAGGAACUGUCCUGGUUUUCCGCAAUGCAAGGAUCUCCACAUCUGUAAAUACUUUAUGCUGGACAACUGCAUUCAUACGAAGAAAAAAACUAGAAAACCCUGUCCCUAUCCGCAUACACUGAGUACCAAGCACAAUAGGAAAGUGCUGCAGCACCAUCAUCUUCAGUUUAUGGACCUACCGACCAUCAAGAAAAUAAUAAAGGAAGAGACCGGGAAUAAGACACAGAGCGUCACCUCCUCCACGAAGGACCACGUACCAUUAAAGCUCUGUUAUUACUACAACCGCCGAGUCUGCGAGAGAGAGGACUGCUCUUAUCUUCACCUGUGUGAAUUUUAUGUUAAGGGCACCUGCAAGUUUGGAAGACGAUGCAAAAAGAGCCAUAAUGUAAAUUCACGCCAAGUUCAAGAAAUUCUGUCGGACAAUGAUCUUGACCUGGAUGGGGAUGAGGACGAAAUUCUGAGGAGCCUGAGAGAGGAGCUGUACGGGGGAAGUGAUGAGGAGGAGGAUUCAGAAGAGGAGGAAGAGGAGCAGAUAGAAGUGUCCUCACAACACUCCCCUCCCAGGAGAAGCUAUACAAACUUCAGACGAGGAGAUCGGCAUUGAGAUGCGGACGGAAUUCUUUCUGUUAGAAACAAAAUACCUGUAAAAGAUUAAAAGAAAAUGAAAAGGAAGUCUUGGUCCGCGUUCUGAUGGUUCGUGAGGAACAACUUUUUAAAAAGAAAAUGCAGAGUGAAAUAUUUCAAUUCAUCAAAAGAUUGUUUCCUCAUAUCAUAAUGUAUCUCACAAGUUUAAUUAUAUUAAUUCAAUGACAAGCACUUUUCAUUCGUUGCAUUCGUAAAUCUUGAGACUAACACCUCAUAUGUCAUCCCCGUCUGAAAUCUGUUUCUAUAUAUACAUGUAGAAAACUUCUUAAAAGGGGGGACCAUGUAAUGUUUAGUGUGAUGUUUGAUAUAAUGUGAUAUUGUCGUAUCUGACCUAAAUUAUCUUUAUACUCCAAACUAUUGAACAAUGAAAGACUGAAGAAUAGAAAUUUAUCCGUCUUUUGGACAGAAAGAUGAUGAGCCCUUAAAUAUUAGGCUCCAUCAUUCAAAUUUAGAAGAUUUAACUUUAUAAGGCAUAGUUCAGAUCUAAGAGUAUUAUAGAGGCACCAUGGAGAUGAAUGAAUGAGAUGAUUUAUCAGUCAAAAUAAAACAAAAAUCAAAAUAGAAGGACGAGACUAUUGUUGCUAGUCAUCAAUUGUCCAAAUAUAUAAUAAGUACCUGCCUAUGACACAGGAAACGCGGGACUUUGUUACUGAAGCAGAAAAAUAGAACCAAAAAAAAUACUUUAAGACUUGAAUAUGCAUGCUUCGCAAAACUUACAUGUACUGAUUUUAUAUA